ACCGCAUAGAGGCGCUAGCGCUUAAUCAUGCUAGUAAGCAAAAUAUUAUGUAACCCAACAUUUGCCAGCAUCCCUACCUCUUCCUGCACUUCUGUUACGGGCUAUACCAAUGGCGCUUGCACAAGGCCCGGUGCCCUUUGAUGAAUCAGGCAUAAUAGAUGAACUAUUGCUUGCACUAGUAGGCAUCCAUGGAGACCUGUUCGUGGACACUAACGACAGGGAGGAAAAGGACGAAGACAACUGGCAGCUGCCCGGCCCUUCAGAAUGUUCCGUACACAUUUCACCAGAGCUCACCUGGAUAGGUGAAUCUGACCGCCAGGUGCUGUCCGACCUGCUGCGGCUGGGCUUCCACUUCAAGGCGGUCAGCACCUUCGUGGACUGGGAGCACGCGCCCUGGGAGCCACACCCGCGGCACGGCAGGCGGCCGCCCUCCGUGUACCGCCGGGCGCUGGCGUCGGGGCUCACGGAGCUGCUUGACGACUACCGCAUCGCUGUGUUGCAGCUGCAGCGGGAGCUCCGGCAGCAGCAGGCGCCCGCACUGCCCACCAUAUGUCACCGCAUGUGGGAGUACACGGACGUGUUGUUCUCGCUGCACUCGCUGGUGUGGUCGCAGGACGCGGUGUCGCUGGCCCCCACCUUCUCCGCCGCCGACCUGAUCAACCGACUGCACGCGGACAGCCGCUGCUGCGGGGUGCCGGCGGUGCGACAGGCGCUGGGGCGGCUGCUGUGGCACUGCAACCAGGUGCUCAUGCAGCAGCUGGCGGCGUGGAUGAUGCACGGCAUGCUGCAGGACCCGCACCGGGAGUUCUUCAUCCAGCCGCGAGCUGCACCUCCGCCACCACCACCACCUGCUGCUGCUGGUGCCUCCACCGCCGCAGCAACAGGAGCAGGAGUAGCAGCCUCCACAGCUGCAGGGGCACACCAGCAGCAACACCAGCAGCAGCAGGUGCCACACCGAGAAGACGAGGGGGGAGGUGCGGCAGAGGCGGCAGCAGCAGCAGCUGCUUCGGCUGCCGCCGCUGCUAGCAGCAGCGGCCGAGCGGAUGACGACGCGGCGUAUCGGGAGUGGCACGG